AUGUAUAGAGAUUCUCGACCGAUCGCUCUGCGUAAGCUGAAUCCAUUCAAUGCUAAGCAAGGCUCUAAUAGGAAACACCGUACAAGCGAUAGCAUUCAUAGCGACGAGGAUCCAUUAUUAGAUGAGGAAGCAGCUUUGCCGAGAGUUUCUAGUGCUGAAAGUACUAUCAGAUCUCUGAAUUCAGCAUCUACUUUUAAGAAAGAGAGAAAAAAAAAACAACAGAAGUUCAAUCUUUUGUCAAUGUUCAAAAGAAAGAAAGUUUAUAAGCCUAGAACAAUUACAUUCAAUGCAGAUGACAGAGAAAAGCGAAGAUUCUGUGCAAACGUUAUUGUCAACCAAAAGUAUAAUAUCUUUACGUUCAUUCCUGUUGUUCUUUUUGAGCAAUUUGUGAUCUUCUUCAAUUUAUAUUUCCUACUCGUUGCAUUAUCCCAGUUUGUACCUGCCUUGAAGAUCGGCUAUAUACUCACUUAUUUCGGCCCACUGUGCUUUGUAUUAUUCGUUACUAUCAGUAAAGAAGCCCUCGAUGAUUAUCAACGCUACAAACGAGACAAAGAAGCCAAUUCGCAAUUAUAUAGAAGAUUAACUCCUUCAGGACAUCAGAAUAUACCCAGCUCCAAGAUUAAAGUGGGCGAUAUGAUACAUAUUAUGAAAGAUCAAAGAAUACCAGCAGACAUGAUACUACUACGUACAACAGAGGAGAGUGGCGCUAGUUUUAUUCGUACAGAUCAAUUAGAUGGUGAAACCGAUUGGAAGCUACGACUUGCAAUCCCCUCCCUACAGUCAUUACCUUCAGAUCAAGAUUUGUUAGAUAUCAAAGGAAGCGUUUACGCCGAUGCGCCACAUAAGGACAUCCACAGUUUUGUGGGAAAUCUCACUAUUAUUGAUGACCAUACGCAAUCAGAAAGAAUUGAGCCCCUGGGUGUAGAAAACACCAUGUGGACAAAUACCGUCUUAGCUUCUGGUUCAGCUGUAGGCUUCGUUGUAUAUACAGGCAGCGACACUCGUGCUGUGAUGAACACAAAUCACCCGAAAACGAAAGUGGGUUUGAUAGAUCAAGAGAUUAAUGGUCUGGCCAAAAUUCUCUUCGCUGUCACUUUGGCUUUAUCCGUAUUAAUGGUUGGACUGAAUGGUUUCCGUGGAAUAUGGUAUAUCUAUGUAUUUCGGUUUUUGAUCUUAUUUUCUUCUAUCAUACCUAUUGGGUUGCGUGUCAAUUUGGAUAUGGGUAAGAGUGUGUAUGCUCGACAGAUUGAACAUGAUAAGGAGAUUAGAGGCACAAUAGUCAGGACCAGUACGUUACCUGAAGAAUUAGGACGUAUAGAAUAUUUGUUGACUGAUAAAACCGGUACGCUUACACAAAAUGAUAUGGAAUUGAAGAAGUUGCAUAUGGGUACAAUGUCAUAUAGUCAAGACACCAUGGAUGAAAUUCAGUCAUAUCUUGUGAACAUUUUUGAAACCUCACACGAUAAUGGGAUGAUAAACAAGGGCCGCCGACAUAUUGCAUCGCGUGUUCGCGACAUUGUACAGGCAUUAGCCCUUUGCCACAAUGUCACACCUGUAAUAAGUUUUGAUGGCAAUAUAACUUAUCAAGCUUCUAGCCCGGAUGAAGUAGCUAUUGUCAAAUGGACAGAACAGAUGGGUCUUACACUGGUGAACCGCGAUGUUAAUACAAUCGAAUUACGCGUUGAUGGCACAAACCAGGUACUUUACUUUGAUGUGUUGAACAUUUUUCCUUUCAGCAGUGAAACGAAGCGUAUGGGUAUUAUUGUCAGAAAUAAGCAGACGCAGGAAAUCACGUUCUACGAAAAGGGUGCUGAUACGGUUAUGGCAAAAAUUGUGCAGUAUAAUGACUGGUUAGAUGAAGAAUGUGAUAAUAUGGCAAGAGAAGGUUUACGUACGCUGGUUGUAGCUAAGAAAAAUCUUUCCGAAGAAUCAUACCAGGAAUUUACUGAAAAGUACCACGAAGCUGAAGUGUCUUUAGACGAUCGUAAAGCCAUGAAACAAGAAGUUGUAGCGAAUCUCUUGGAGGCAAAUUUGGAAUUAUUAGGUUUGACAGGUGUUGAAGAUAAACUGCAAGAGGGAGUCAAAAAUACUUUAGAACAAAUGCGUAAUGCUGGUUUAAGGAUAUGGAUGCUGACAGGUGAUAAAAUUGAAACUGCUACGUGUAUCGCUAUUUCAUCGAAGUUGAUAUCGAGAAAUCAGGGCAUACAUACGGUAGCUAGGCUGAAGACUUCAAUGGAAGCAGCAGAUGAGAUUGAUAAUCUAAGACAUAAAACUGACAACUGUUUAGUGAUUGACGGCGAGUCCAUACAGUUGUGUCUUGACAAUUUCAUCGAUGAAUUUAUUGAGAUUGUAACUCUUUUGCCCGUUGUUGUUUGCUGCCGCUGUUCUCCAACUCAAAAGGCCGAAAUUACUCGUUUGAUCAAGGAAUACACUAAAAGAAGAGUCCUGUGUAUUGGCGAUGGUGGGAAUGAUGUCAGUAUGAUUCAGGCUGCCGAUGUGGGCGUCGGUAUCGUUGGUAAGGAGGGCAAGCAGGCUUCCUUGGCUGCUGAUUUCUCCAUCACGCAGUUCAGUCAUUUGACCAAAUUAUUAUUAUGGCAUGGAAGAAAUAGUUACAAGCGUUCAGCCAAAUUGUCACAGUUCGUUAUUCAUCGUGGUCUUAUAAUUUCAGUAAUGCAAGCUGUAUUUUCUGCUUUGUUCUAUUUUGCGCCAAUUGCACUCUAUCAGGGCAUGUUAAUUGUGGGUUAUGCCACAAUCUAUACCAAUGCUCCAGUGUUUUCACUUGUUUUAGACCAGGACGUCAGUCAAGAAAUAGCUAUGAUGUACCCUGAGCUUUAUAAAGAUCUGCGAAAGGGUCGAUCAUUGACCUACAGGACUUUUUUUACUUGGUUACUUAUUAGUGUUUAUCAGGGUGGCACUAUCAUGAUUUUGUCGUUGAUUCUCUUCGAAAAUGAAUUUAUUCAUAUAGUAGCUAUUUCAUUUACAGCUUUGAUCUUCAAUGAAUUAUUAAUGGUAGCAUUGGAAAUCAAUACAUGGCACAAAGUCAUGAUUAUAGCAGAGCUCAUUACUGUGCUAAUCUAUUUCGGUUCUAUGUGGCUUCUACCAACAUAUUUUGACAUGAAAUUUAUCUUAACAACAAGAUUCUUAUGGAAAGUAGCAGUAAUCACAGCUGUAAGCAGCUGUCCGUUAUAUUUUGUUAAAAUGAUUAAGCGAAGGAUCGCUCCUCCUAGUUACACAAAGCUUACAUAA